CGACAUCUUUGAGUGGUAUAAUCGUAAAUCACACGCCGGUUUAAGAUUCUGUUUCUUUCUUUCUUUCUCUCUGAUAAGAGUGAGACUUGUGUUUUGUCUUUCGAGCCAUUCCCAUGUGCCUUGUCUCCGACAACUUCCUCUCUUCUCUCUCUCUUCCUCUGGUUCACAUGGAACUUCAAUAACAUUCACUACUUUAAGGUUUCUUCUCAUCUCAGAAAAAGUCAGUUGUGCAGAUCAUUGAAGUGACUAGAAAUGUACAAGCAGCCUAGACAAGAGAUUGAAGCUUACUCUUUUGAGCAUAACUCUGCUGGGAAGAUUAUGUACUUACCGGUUCAUAACUCGCGUAAACGGUUUUGUACACUGGAGCCAUCUCCUGACUCUCCUGCUUAUAAUGCUCUGUCUACUGCUACAUAUGAGGAUACAUGUGGCUCUUGUGUGACGGAUGAUUUGAAUGACUUCAAACACAAGAUUAGGGAAAUAGAGACUGUGAUGAUGGGGCCUGACUCGUUGGACUUAGUCGUCGAUUGCACCGAUUCCUUUGAUUCCACGGCGUGUCAAGAGAUUAAUAGUUGGAGAUCAACUCUAGAGGCUAUCUCGAGGCGGGAUUUAAGAGCUGAUCUUGUUUCAUGUGCGAAAGCUAUGUCGGAAAAUGAUCUUAUGAUGGCUCAUUCGAUGAUGGAGAAGUUGCGGCAGAUGGUAUCGGUUUCUGGUGAGCCUAUCCAACGGUUGGGAGCUUACUUAUUGGAAGGUCUAGUGGCGCAGUUAGCUUCAUCGGGUAGUUCCAUAUACAAAGCACUUAAUAAGUGCCCUGAACCGGCUAGCACCGAGCUUCUCUCUUACAUGCACAUUCUCUAUGAGGUUUGUCCUUACUUCAAGUUCGGAUACAUGUCAGCAAAUGGUGCUAUUGCUGAGGCCAUGAAGGAAGAAAACAGAGUUCACAUUAUCGAUUUCCAAAUCGGUCAAGGGAGUCAAUGGGUCACACUUAUCCAGGCUUUUGCAGCUAGGCCUGGUGGGCCGCCUCGGAUUCGGAUAACGGGUAUUGACGAUAUGACUUCAGCGUAUGCUCGUGGAGGUGGCCUAAGCAUUGUUGGAAACAGACUCGCUAAGCUUGCUAAGCAGUUUAACGUUCCAUUCGAGUUUAACUCGGUAUCAGUGUCAGUGUCCGAGGUUAAACCUAAGAACCUCGGGGUUCGACCAGGGGAAGCUCUAGCCGUCAACUUUGCCUUUGUGCUUCAUCAUAUGCCAGACGAAAGCGUGAGCACCGAGAAUCACCGCGACCGGUUACUGAGAAUGGUGAAGAGCUUAUCUCCCAAGGUUGUGACUCUGGUGGAACAAGAAUCAAACACAAACACGGCCGCUUUCUUCCCGAGGUUCAUGGAGACAAUGAACUACUAUGCCGCGAUGUUCGAGUCAAUUGAUGUGACUCUCCCAAGAGAUCACAAACAGAGGAUUAAUGUAGAGCAGCAUUGUCUAGCCAGAGACGUCGUGAACAUCAUCGCAUGUGAAGGAGCUGAUCGGGUGGAGCGACAUGAGCUUCUAGGGAAAUGGAGGUCACGGUUCGGGAUGGCGGGUUUCACUCCUUACCCUUUGAGCCCCUUGGUGAAUUCAACCAUUAAAAGUCUGCUUAGGAACUACUCGGACAAGUACAGGCUAGAAGAAAGAGAUGGAGCCUUGUAUCUUGGUUGGAUGCAUCGAGAUUUGGUCGCCUCGUGUGCUUGGAAAUGAGACAGUAACAUUUCUCUAGUGUGAUCGCAAUUAAUGUGUGUGUAUGCAAUUUAGUCGCUCAUUUGAAUCUUCAAAACAUUAGAAGAAUCUUAUGUCUACUACUAGAGACCAAGAGACACAUGCACAAUUGCUCAAAUAUCAAAGUCAACGUUUUCCCCAAUCAAAACUUAAGUAUAAUUAUAGUUCACACGAAUGGGUUUU